GAUUCCCAUUUGUGCAUCACAGUCGCUGCCCAAGACCGCAGCGCCUGCGCGAUUUCAAGUUACGCAAAUUCGCGCAACUUUGCGCUCGUUGACAUACGUCAUUCCUGAGCACAGCCUACGCAUGAGCUGACUGAUGGUACACUCAUGAUUGAAUGGCGCUGCCGCGCCCUGUGCCGCUGUCGGGUCGUGCCGGGGUCCCCCCUUUAGCCAGCACCAUCGACGCAUCGCACGCCGCGCUCGGCAGCUUCCUUCAGCAAAGGCACUGGCUCCGUCGGACCGCCGACACGCCCGUGCAGCUGGUGCAUGUGCCGACGCAGCGCCCCGGCCCCGCGUUCACAGGCCAGCACGCAGCCACAGCUGCAGCUGCAGCACCAGCCGCGCCAGCAGCACGCGCUACAGGGCCGGCAGCGGCGGGGUGGUGGCUGCUGCGUGAUGACCUGCUGCACCCCGUCCUGGGCGGCAACAAGGUCCGCAAGCUGGACGGACUGCUGCCCGAGCUGGUGCAGGCUGGCGUCACCGACGUGGUCACCUGCGGCGGCGUGCAGAGCGCCCACACGGCGGCGGUGGCGGUGGCGGCGGCGGAGCUGGGGCUCAGGUCUCACCUGCUGAUACGUGGCGAGGCGCCGCAGGUGCCGACGGGUUACCAGCUCGUGACGCGGAUGUACGGCACACACGUGUCGUACGUGACACGUGCCGAAUACGCUGACCGUGCCGCCAUGUUUGACCGGCGGGUUGAGCAAGUGCGGCAGCAGGACGCCGCCGCCAAGGUGGCGGUGAUUGCAGAAGGCGGCGGCGACGCGGCCGCCUUGCUGGGCCUGGUGCGGCUGUCCCACUGGCUGCUCGGGGCGGCAAGCACCUGCGGUGUGGGCAGCAGCAGCAGCGGCGGCGGUGCGCCUGGUGAGCAAGAUGCCAGACAGCUGCUGCCGGAGGGGCUUGGGUCAUCACGGCGGCUGGUCACGGAUGUGGGCGCACUGCCUCACCCACAGUCCACGCCGUACCGCAUCCUCGUGGACUCGGGCACCGGCACCACCGCCAUAGGUCUGGCUAUCGGUAUUGCGCUGCUGGGCCUGCCCUGGACCGUUGUGGGCAUCAUGCUGGCCGGGGAGGAGUCGUACUACCGGUCACAGGCGCAGCAGCUGCUCAGCAGCUUCCUGCAGCGGUACGGACCCGAGCUGUACGGCAUCGGCAGGGCUGAGGCAACCGGACUGGGGGGCGCGCGAGGCGGCAGCAGCACAGUAGGCGCAUCGGCAACAGCAGCAGCUGCUGAGGCGGGAGGAGCGGGAGAAGCCUCAGCAGGUGCGCUCCCGCUGCAGUGGGUGCCGCGCCUUGUGCCGCGGCGGUUCGGCAAAGUGUUCCCUCAGGACAUCGCAACGUGCAAGCAGGUGGCCCAGAGCCACGGCAUCGGGCUGGACCCAAUCUACAGUCUGUCGGCCUGGGAGCUGGCGUGCUGGGAGGCACAACAGGCAGCAGUAGCGGCAGCAGCAGCAGCACCAGCAGCUGGAGCCGUGGAUGCGGGUAUGGGAGGCGUGACCGCGACCCCGGUCGUGAUGCUGCAUGGGGGCGGGGCCCUGGGGCUGCACGGGUUGGCGCAGCGGUACCCUGGCGCCUUCUGAUGGUGGUGGCGGAAUGGGGCAGCCGCAGCAAGUGGAGGGCCUGCCGCUGCUGCUGGGCGCGGCGUUGUUACUUACAGCUGUGGCCUGUGGGUCAUCUGGGUCACCCUGAUCCGGGCCCGGCACACCGCACACCGGGACCUGAGUCCUGGGUCCGGCUGAGGCAGGGGCUGAGACGCUGAGUCCCGGGGUUGAGUCGGGGUGAGUGGGUAAUAGGCGGUCCCUUCGCGGGUUCACGGGUCACUCCCCUGACCAUCACAUCUGGGGGCACAGCUAGCCUUAUGCCGUUGUGAAACAUGUCCGCUUAGCAGGUCCGUUCUCAAUUCAGCAGCGGGACUAACAGGUUGAGGGCCAUAGGCAUAGUUCUAGUGAUUGACGCACAUAGUCGUUUGAUCUAACGAUGUGUGGCAUCCCCGUAAGAGCUCCAUUCCUGCUGGUGUAGCUCAGUGGUAGAGCGUUUGUCUUGUAAACAAAAGGUCCC